AUGGCUGCUACUUAUCCCUCUCGUACUACUUCAUCAGCAGAUAACCUAGCGAAUUCUCGUUAUACUGAUGUCAAAGAAGAACCAGUUGACAAACUUCUUACUCCGAUUAAUGGCUAUCAAAAUGCACCACUUCUCCCUUUGGAAGAAGCACUUUCAGCCGUUUCUCAUUUCUUUAUCGAUCUUGAAGAAAAUGUCUAUAUUGCAAAACACAAUAGUCAGAAUCCAAAAGACGGAUUGACACAAGAUGAAAGUGCAGCAAUACAUUUGUAUACGAUGCAAUUUCCAUCAGGAGAUAGUCUCUUCGCAGUACUUAACCAGAUACUUCGUGCUGAACGACGAAACUCUCUUAUGCCGUGGUUUCCCUUUCUUAAAUUGUUCAUCACUGGCUUAUUUAAAUUACAAUCUGUCAGGGGUGUCGUUUGGCGUGGCGUCAAAGGCAUUGAUUUAAGCUAUAAAUACAAAACAGGAAUGAAAUUCGCUUGGUGGGGAGUCAGUAGCUGCACAACGACUCCAGACGUAUUAGACGCAACAGACUUUCUCGGAAAAACUGGGACAAGAACGCUAUUUUCGAUUGAAUGCGUUUCUGAAAAAUCAAUUACGAAACAUUCUCACUACAGUGACACGGAAAAAGAAGUAGUUUUGAUGCCGGGAACAUUUUUUGAAGUCGUAGGACAGGUUGAUGCUGGUUCCAAUCUUCAUAUUAUUCAUCUCAAGGAAAUUCAGCCACCUUUUCCUCUGAUUAAACCACCGUUUGUCGAAACACAACAAGAAGCACUAAAAUCACAACAACAAGAACCACUGAAGGCACAACGACAAGAGCCGCUGAAGCCACAACAACAAGAGGCACUGGAGGCACAGCGACAAGAGCCGCUAAAGGCACAACAACAACCACUAAAAGUACAACAAGAAUCACAAAAAAGUCCCGGUAAGUGCCUAUACCAGUAGAAAAUGUCAGAGUGGCGGACACGAAGAUGUGGGUAUUCAGUUUCCGUACAGCAACCCCUCCCCCUAUAAUAGAAGUCCCUCCCAUAUUAGAAGCCCCCUCCAGAGGAAUCAACGUGCAAGACAUAUUAGGAGCUCCCUCAUUUUAAAGAAUUUUCGAAAAUUUCUUUUGGAAUUUUCAUCAUAAAACUUGUAAGAGCCAAGAUCUUAAAGUAAGGAUUUGUUUUAUUUUCUUAUUUAUUACCACAAAAAUCUUGACAUCGCAUAGAAAGUCGUCAGAACAACUCUUAAAAAUCCUGGAAAUUUGAAAAGACUUGAAAUUUUUUCCAUUUGAUAAUAAUAAUGAUUUAACAAGUGUAUAUCACAUUAUGGUUUAGAUUUGAUAGAAAGAAACAAAUUAAUUUUUUUCAAAUCUUUUGUUUUAUUUUAUUCCAUAUCGAGGUUCCAUUGUACUAGUCUUCAUUACCGAAAUAUACAUUGAGAUUGUUACAGCAAUCGAUAAUUUUACAUAAAACAAAAUAAGAACAAAAACCUUGUACACACUACACGAAAUUAAUUUGAAUUAGGCAAUGUGAGUAGAGCAUUAAUAUUUAGGUCAUUUCGAGAGGAUUAUUUAAUUCUUAAUGUAUCGAUCACGUUACUUAAUUCAAGUUGAAUUAAUUCCUUCUCGUUGUGUACUGUGUACCAUACCAAAGAGGAGAAAGAUAGACAUUUAUAAUGAACAGAAAUGAAUUAUAAACACUCCUAUAAAAUAUGAAGAAACAUAAACAAAUGCCUUUCUUUUUUCUAUAUGUUCAUAUUUUUUUUUAUGUAAAAUUUUCUAUUUUUGCAAAAAUCUCAUUCUCUAUUUCGACAAUGAAGCUAUAUACAUAGAAAUAUCGGUAUGAAAUGAAAUAAAAAGAGAUUUUUGGUUUUUGUGUACUCAAAACGUGAGUACACUCUAGUAUCGGUCAGUAUGUUCGUCCGGUCGUUUACACAAUAACUUUCGAAAGGAGAGUCCGAUCACGAUGAAAUUUUCUAUACAGUUCAGUCUUUACAAUAUCUCGGUCGAGUUCGAAGAUGAGAAGGAUCGGCCAAGCCGUUCCUGAGUUAUUGCAAAAACACCCAUUUUUCCUUAUAGCUUCCCUAUGAAAAGAUCUACCCAUCGCCACUUUCGUAAAAGACUUUUCCUAUCAUAGUCAACUAAAACGCCAACUAUUAUAUACCAUUCGAUAGAGAAUUUCAAGAGCUACAAAAUGGUAUAUACAACAUAAAGAAACAAGAAGGUUGACUCACCUAUGACAAAGAUAAUUAAAGAGAACCAACUUAUAUUUUUGACCACGAUCUAAUUGAUCCACAAAUACAGCUCAAAUUUGAACUCUUCCCUUGAUUUACCCUAAGAAAGUCGUUUUUCCUAUAACUUGAUUUCUAUUAGUUACUGCUCAACCAAUAGUAUUUCGAUGGAAGCGGAAUGCAGAUUCGAGUUCUCCAUCUCAGAAAACCU